GCGCGGUCACGUGACGGCGCGCCCCGCCCCGCCCGCUGCAUGGCGGCGCCGUGAGGCGGCGAGCCGCGGCGGCUGCGGCCCGGCGGGCGGCGGGAUGCGGCGGCCGGCGGGCUAAGCGGGGAUGCGCGCUGCGCCGCGCAGCCAUGUCGCGGGUGAGCGGCCCCGGGCCGGCCGGCAGCGCCAAGGAGAAGCGCUCCUUCAGCAAGCGGCUCUUCCGCGGGCGGGCGGCGGGCGGCGGCGCGGGCUCGGCCCCGGCCCCCGCCGCUGCCCCGGCCCCGUCCGGGCGGUCGCUCGGCGGGUUCAUGAGCCGCGUGCUGAAGACCCUCUCCACCCUCUCGCACUACAGCAGCGAGCCCGAACCCCGCGGCCCGCACGCCCCGCGCCUGCCCCCGCCGCAGGCGGCCGGAGGCCUGGGCAGUUGCUUCCCGCCGGGCCCGCCGCGCAGCCCCGAGCCCCCCCCGCGGCCCGCCGGCGGCUCCGAGGCCGUGCCCGGCGUGGCGGGGCUGCGCAACCACGGCAACACCUGCUUCAUGAACGCCAUCCUGCAGUGCCUCAGCAACACCGAGCUCUUCGCCGAGUUCCUGGCGCUGGAGCAGUUCCGCGGCGGGCAGCCCCCCGGCGCCGACGGCCCACCGCCCACGCCCGGCGAGGUCACCGAGCAGCUGGCGCAGCUGGUGCGGGCGCUCUGGACGCUGGAGUACACGCCGCAGCACAGCCGCGACUUCAAGAACAUUGUGUCCAAGAAUGCUAUGCAGUACCGUGGGAAUGCCCAGCAUGAUGCGCAGGAGUUCCUGCUUUGGCUUCUAGACAGAGUCCAUGAAGAUCUGAACAAUGUAGUGAAUUACAGUGGCAUGCCUCCACUCAAGCCACCGCUGGAGGAUGACGUCCUGCUUGAGGGACCAGCCUUUCCAAUCAGUAGUACUUUUGUGCAGGAACUCUUUCAAGCCCAGUACAGGUCUUCUCUGACGUGCCCUCAUUGCCAGAAGCAGAGUAACACCUUUGACCCUUUUCUCUGCAUCUCUCUGCCGAUUCCUUUGCCUCAUACACGGCCGCUCUAUGUCACCGUGGUGUACCAGGGGAAGUGCUCUCACUGCAUGAGGAUCGGGGUGGCAGUGCCCAUCUCUGGGACGGUGGCCAGGCUGCGGGAAGCUGUCUCCUCAGAAACCAAGAUACCCACGGAGCAGAUCGUGCUGACAGAGAUGUACUACGAUGGGUUUCAUCGUUCCUUCUGCGAUACUGAUGACCUGGACACCAUUCAUGAAAGCGACUGCAUUUUUGCCUUUGAGACCCCAGAGAUAUUUAGGCCUGAGGGUAUCCUCAGUCAGAGAGGAAUACAUGUGAACAAUAACCUGAAUAACUUGAAAUGUGGCACUGAGCACUCCCGAACAAUAUCUUACUCUCAAGGAACAGUGAAGUCUGGAAAACUGGAACAGUCCUCUACUAAGCCAGCAGCAAAUGACAAGAUUGUCUUGCUGGUGUGUAACAGAGCGUGCACUGGACAGCAGAGCAAAAGGUUUGGCUUGCCCUUUGUGUUGCAUUUGGAAAAAACAAUUGCUUGGGAUAUUCUGCAGAAGGAAAUUCUGGAGAAGAUGCAGUAUUUCCUGCGGCCUGCAGCCUGCAUGCAGGUUUGCCCGUUCAGCUUGCGAGUGGUCAGUGUUGUGGGCAUAACAUACUUGCUACCUCAGGAGGAGCGACCCCUCUGCCAUCCAACAGUGGAAAGGGCAUUGAAGUCAUGUGGACAGGGGGGAACUGCUCAUGUGAAAUUAGUGGUAGAAUGGGAUAAAGAAACUAAAGAUUACUUGUUUGUGAAUACGGAAGAGGAAUAUAUUCCAGACUCCGACAGUGUCCGCCAGCAGAGAGAGCUUCAUCAUCAACCUCAGACCUGCACUUUAUCUCAGUGUUUCCAACUGUACACCAAAGAGGAACAGCUUGCCCCAGACGAUGCAUGGCGAUGCCCGCACUGCAAGCAGCUGCAGCAGGGUAGCAUCACACUGAGCCUCUGGACUUUACCUGAUGUUCUCAUCAUACAUCUCAAAAGGUUUAGACAGGAAGGAGACCGGAGGAUGAAACUUCAAAACAUGGUUAAAUUCCCCCUGAGUGGCUUGGACAUGACUCCUCAUGUUGUUAAACGCAGUCAGAGCAGCUGGAGUCUGCCAUCUCAUUGGUCACCCUGGAGGAGACCUUAUGGUCUUGGAAGGGAUCCUGAGGACUAUAUCUAUGAUCUGUAUGCUGUCUGCAAUCAUCAUGGCACCAUGCAAGGAGGACACUAUACAGCAUAUUGCAAAAACUCAGUUGAUGGCCAGUGGUACUGCUUCGAUGACAGUGAUGUUCAGCAACUUUCUGAAAAUGAAGUCUGCAAGCAGACAGCUUAUAUUCUUUUCUACCAGAGACGCACAGCAAUCCCAUCAUGGUCUGCUAACAGCUCUGUGGCAGGCUCCACAAGCUCCUCGCUCUGUGAGCACUGGGUCAGCCGUCUUCCUGGUAGCAAGCAGCCCAGCAUUGCUUCGGCAGCAUCAUCGCGACGCACGUCUCUGGCUUCGCUCUCAGAAUCGGUAGAGCUGACUGGGGAAAGGAGUGAAGAUGAUGGUGGAUUUUCAACUCGACCCUUUGUAAGGAGUGUCCAGCGUCAGAGCUUGUCAUCUAGAUCUUCUGUCACCAGCCCACUGGCAGUGAGUGAAAAUGGUGUCAGGCCCUCGUGGUCGCUCUCCGCAAAACUGCAGUUGAGGUCCAACUCUCCAUCCCGCUUCUCUGGAGAUUCCCCUGUACAUACCUCUGCUUCCACCCUGGAGAAGAUUGGGGAGGCGGCUGAUGAUAAAGUCUCCACCUCUUGCUUCGGCAGCCUGAGGAAUCUUUCUAGCAGCUACUUGGAGCCCUGUGAUGGCAGUCGGCGAGAGCACAGGACGGCUCGCAGAGCCCCCUUGGCUGUCAUGGAAGGGGCAUUCAGGGAAGAGUCUGUUGUAAGGACAUCUAGCUCAGAUCUCUCGGAUGGGUAUGGUAAAAGCUCUGCACAGUCAGACAGGAAUCACCCUGCUCUGGACCCUUUUGAUAACAACAAUCAAAUCGCCUUUGUUGAUCAGAGUGAUUCUGUGGAUAGCUCUCCAGUCAAGGAGGUGAAAGCCCCCAGUGGGACAGGGCUGGCUGCAGAGAAGGUAGAUGGCACCCCUAAGAAGGUUCACAGCUCCAAGGGAGUUUCUGAGCCAGACAAAAGUUUGAGGAAGGGAAGGACAGUCUUAUCUACCCAAGAGACCACAGUCUCUCACUCUUCUCCUCCACUAAAGAGUUCCCAGAAAGUUUCCCGGUCUAGAAGUAAGACGGACUCCUCUAGGGCCAGUGGGCGACACGGGUCUCCUGCUCCCACUCAGGCUAGGAAGGACCAUAGCACGAAGCCCCUUGAGGUGGCUGUCCCAUCGGCUCAACAGAAGCAAAAGUCAGGUGGUUCUCCAUCCUCCACAGCUGCCAAGAAAACCCCAUCAGGCUCAUUGACUAAGGGCUCUUCUGCUGGGAAGAGCCGGACUUCAGACCGAAGCCUCAGCAGGGAGGGCUCUAAGAUAAGUCUGGGGUCAGAUAAAACGAGCGUUACCAGCAGUUCAAGAACGAGCUCCCCAAGGAUAAGCCACUCUAGGAGUGACAGCAGGGCAGUAGACAGCAAGCAUGUGCGGAGUUCCUCUAUGGCCAACCUGCGAUCUCCAAAUGUUGGAGUGCGUUCUGGUUUGAAGAGGGACAGCAAGUCGGAAGAGAAAGGAUUGUCUUUCUUUAAAUCAGCCUUAAGGCAGAAAGAGACCCGGAGGUCUGCAGACCUGGGAAAGACAACGAUGCUUUCAAAAAAGACAGCGAGUGGCAGUUCCAAGUCAGGCAGUAAAAAUGUGCUGGAAGACAAAUCGGAGAAAGGUGUUGUCCCACCAGCCUCUCAAACCAAUGCCAACAUUACCACAAAAGAAAAACUUGUCCCAAAAGAUGCCACACCCAAUAAACAUUCUCUGCUAUCCAGUCGCAAGUCCAAGUCUUCCCAGCUAGAUCCCGGAGUCCAGUCUCCUCCUUCCAGUGGCAAACAGUCUGCUGACAAGCCGCUGAAAAAAUUACCUUCCAGCAUGCAGGUGUCUGUACGGCCUUCUCUGGAACCUCAGUGAAAUGCUGCAAUCCAGGUGUCUUUUCUGCUGAGAAGCUAAUUUAUUCUGAGCUCUUGUUUUUUUGUUCAUGUGCCUAAUGUAUGUUUUGAGGAGAAGUUAACUGCAAGUUGUUAAAGCGCCUUUUGAUUCUGCCAUCAAACCAAAUAGCCACAGGCAGCCAGCACUGAUGCAAGUAGUCUAGCUGGAGUCGUUGUUGAACAUGAAUGCAGCUGUCCCAUAGCACUUGUACAGGAGUCUCUUUAUAGAAAAUGCAACAACUUUCUUCAGAUUCAAGGUUUGAAAUCUGAAACCCAGUUGUACUGACACUAGUGUGCUUUGUAGAGCUGUGAACUGAUAUUCCUUUGGUCUUGUUCUGAGCAGGCUGUGUCCAUGCUGGUGUAUGGCCUUGUUCUGAGCUGUGGAGGAUGCGAAGGAAACUGGAGAGACUGCCGCUUCUUUAUGCUCUCUCUCAACCCUCUCUCCCUGCUCCCCUCCAUUUUUCAAGCUUCUAAAGGGCAAUAUUUCAACACUAAUGUUUUUUCUCAGGUAUAUUCUCAGCCAGUAUAGGAGGGACUAGCAUUAGUGGAUGGACAGAAAGGUACCUGUGUGUCCGUGUAUACGCGUGUCUGUAAUGGAUUUCAUUUUUGCAUUCCAACAGCAGAAAGCUUUGGUUUUGUUUAUUUUUCCAUGAAAUGUAACCUGCAUUUUUUGUUGCUUCGUCUACGAAGAGUUUGACUCUGUCCAUACCUAAGGCAACCUCUACCCUGUCCUCUUUAAUUACUUUCUUCUGAACCACUAUACUAAGCAACAGAAGAAAUCACUAAGCUGGUUGCCAGCUCGUACCUGUGAAAGUGCUAGGUCGGAGACGGUUGCAGUGCCGUAGGAGAGCUGUCUUCAUGCACCUGAAUGGCAGUGAUGCUGUUAGGACCCCUGUUCAAACUCCUGAGAAGAAGCGUUUCCUAAUGUGCUCAGAUGCUUAAUCGUAGUGAUGUGAAUAUAGCAUCCGUUAUUUAUAGGAGUAAUGUUUAGGUAAGCCAAGUGUUGUCUUGUCUUCUCUGCCUUCUCUGGGCAUGCUUUGAACAAGCCUCUUCAUGCGGGUUGGAGGGGCUGUACCAAAAUACCGCAGAGCAGUUUCCACAUUCUCCAGAGUGCUGCUACGUUCUUCCCUUUGGUGUGCUUCUCACCUUCCCCGGCGGAUCUCGCUUCUGUGUGUCUCUUAGCGAAGCGAUCCCCAUUCUUGUUCAGAUGACAGUCUCUAUCAGGGUUAAAACACUACAUCUGGUGAUGUCUUUGUUUACAUGCCCUUCUUACAGGGGAGAUUCCUCAAGUUCUUUAAGAUUCCUCUUAAAAGGUGGAUUCCUCAAGUCCUUUUAUAUACAUGUGGUGUAAUCUUUUUUUUAAUUUCAUGAGUUUGUAUUAAUGUGCUGCUUAUCCUUUGUGUACAGCAGCAAUCUGUUGUGUAGGUCACGACAUGCAGCAGCUGGGCAGUGUGCUGGGCACGCUUGUCUUCCGAAUGAGGUAUUUGCCUGUCAUACAGUCGUGUUCAGCAAAGCUUCUCCGGGCUUAGCUUGUGGACAGACCUAUUUGUACGUCUUUUCUGUCACUGUAACAAAUAGCCCUCUAACAAGUAGUUACUCUGAGCUAGUCUGUUCCUCCUCCUCUCUUGAGCUGAUGUGCUGACAACCCUGCAAGCAGCCUUGCCCCCAGGUCUGCUGGGCACAUUGCUGCUCCGCAAUCACUUUUUGUACUUGACUCAGCACACAUUUGCAGCAAGCUUUGGAGAGAAGUGUUUUUUGGGGGUAGCUGAUACCUUGGAGAAAAGGCUCUCUGUGUGUGUGUGUGUGGAGCCACAGAGCUCUGGUCAGUGUGUGACGGUGAGCCCACCUGCAGUGUAACCCUUGCUCUGUCCUGAUGACAUCCUGCAGUACUUACCUUCACGCAACCCAGAAGCAAUGCCAGUUGCCUGCAUGUUUUUACAGUGUGCUGGACCCUGUGCCCUGGACUAUGUUUUUAAACUUAAACGUGACCAUCUCCUUGAUGCAUUUCUUCUCCUGGGUAUUGUUUCAGUCUCAUUUAUUGCAGCAACAAGAAGGAAAGAUUGCAUUACUUGCUUCUUAAAUGUAUAACUUGGAUUAUUCUUGGAUUAUUUUUGUUAUAUCCAGCAGAGCCGAUAAGACUUGCUUCACAUUAUAGUAUUUAAAUUGCUUCCUGAAAUGUUGAUGUUAAAAGUAUUCGUUUAAGGUUUUAUCUGUAUUAAGGUCUUGCACUGUGUUGGCUCUUCUCUUGUAACAACUCUUCUAGCAAGAAUGUAACUCUAGUAGCUAGCGCUAAUUUGGUUUGGUAUCUUUUAAAUCACAGAACGUAGUUUUCUGUGUGUUUUAACAUGGGACACUUGUGAAAGGUUAUUUUUAUCAAAUGACAUUUUCUUUUCAUGCCAUCAUUCACUGAAGAAGUUUAAACUGGAAGCUGGUAUAUGGUUUUUGAGAUGGUUUGGCUCCUGUAUUGCAUGCCUGGACUGAAGGAAAUUUGAAGCCAUGUCCAAACUGGUGUUUUAGCUGAAUGCCAGUUUGAUACGUUUGUAUUUGGGGCAUGAGAAAGGCCAUUAGAGCUCCCAUUUGGACAAAAUGGGAACGGGAGGUCCUGGUGCCAAGUGUUCCAGCAGCUGAUGUUAAAAGCAGUUGAACCUCUGCAAUCCCAUGAUCUGUAAUUUAGCUCUUUUUUCUGUGUAUUCCCCAUAAUUCCUGAUGGAAAUUGCUGCCAGCUCCAGCGCUAUCUACUCUGCAUAUGCUGCCAAACUGGAUUUCCUACCUGUCUCUCUGAAAACAGCAGCUCUGGUGCACAGACUCCUCGCUCCGCAAAUGAGCAUGGUGUGGGCAGAAGAGACCGUACUGACAAUGUUCUCGUCUUAAAGCAGAUAAGAUACCGCUCUUCUGCGGCGGGCUGCCAGCAUGUGGCGUGUUUUCUGGCUCAGGAGGGCUUGACUUAGGGUGUCCUCAUGCAAAAUGUUUUGAGGGUGCACUGUAAUUCCUGUUGAAUAUAAGGCACAAAAUGUGCAAAGCAGGUCCGUGCAGGACCUGGGAAGUGCAGUCCCUGUUCUGUGGCUGUGUCUAUCUGUACCAAAACAGUUUGGAAAGCAGCUGUUUGCUGCCACUCUGCAUCUCUGCUUUUUGGUAUCACAUAUUUCCAGUAGUAUAUGAACUUCCUUGCAAAGGAGAGGGUUGAAGGGUGUGCAUCCAGGAAAUAAGUGUUUGCUGUGAGUGUAAAACAAAGCCUAAUUGCUGUUAAAGUCAUGGCUCCAUCAGUGAUGUAGAGUAAAUCUUUAUAAAACUGAGUGUAGAUUAUUGUAGGCCCUACUUAAAGUGAUUGGGGGAAAAGCAACAUCAGUUUUCUCUCCCUGCUUUAAAGCAGGCUUAUUUCUUAGCCCUUUCAUGCAUAGGAAUUCCUGUCCAUGUGUAUCGUAUUGUCCAGAUGUAAGGAUGUAGCACAGUCUAAGGAACACUCCAGAGAGGGAUCUUCCAAGUCCUAGAUGCCAAUGCUGCCUUGGCUUUGUGUAUUGAUCCUUAAAGAAGUGAAGGCUUGAGGCUGUUCUGAAGCAGCCAUUUCUAUGUGGUCACCUCUCUUCUUAAAAUUCAGGUCUGGCUUCAGGAGCACUUGUGCCUGUGGAGGAGGUGGGCUCUGCAGUCUUCCAAAGGUCACCCCACCUUUCCCUGGUUGAUGGCACGUGGGGCCUGGAGGUCUCGUGGCUGGGUGUCUGAGCAGGAUGAGAAUGGCUGCUGUCCGGCUCUGCUUUGCCAGUCAUGCACAGCCGUGGCGUGUGUGGAACGGGCUGUGCUCCUGGCUUGGGGUGGUGGAGUCUGGGACCCCGGAGCUGAUGGUCUGGAAGCAAAGGUUUACAGGGCAGCCUCAUGCUGGUGAGAAAUGCCUUCAAAGGGGGGAGGUCCAGCUCUGUCCCUGUUCUCAAACAGCUGCGUGAGCUCCAAGGGAAAGCAGGCUUCAACUCCUGCAGUGUUUUAUGAUGUGUUUCCAAUCAACUUUGGGUUGAACUCACCUGCAUCGACCAUGUGUAACUUGUAUUUCACACCACCUCUCUAGUCUGACACUUGCUCCUGUUCCUGGAAUCGGCCCUCUGGGCGCAGGAAAGCAGCGCCUUCAUUCCAGUGCUGGAUUCCUGCUGGAGUCACCUAAAGAAAUUAUUUUUACCCUUUUUGGGCUGUGUCUUUUGGAUAGUGUUUAGUAGUAUACAAAUUAUAAGCACAUUUUCAAUGACAUCUAUUAAAGAGGCACCUUUUAUUUGUAUUAAUCACAUUUGAUAGACAAUUUGGUGCCUGCAGUUCUCUGUAACUUAUAAGUGUCUCACUUUGGGUGUAUAAAUUGUUAACCCUUUCAAACUUAUCAAAUAUGGCUAAAUAAAAAAAAAAAGAUGCUUAGGGUAGAAAAUUAGCAGCUUAAUUACAGUACACUUAUUCCACUGUAAGUGCCCUCAUCCAUCUUAGCUGCAGGGUUGUUUGCUUUCCAAGGCUGAAACUUGAGCAUGAUCAACCAUUUUUUUCUCAGUAAUAAAGGCAGUUUUGCAUGGCAGUUCUCUCGCUGUACCCAAAUGCAUGCAUUUACUAACUAUGCAAGCAUCUAAUACAAACCAUAGACCGUGCUUUCAGUAUCAGAAGCUGCUAGGUAGACUCUGGAGCGCUGCUUUGAGUCUGUACUUCUGUUUCUUGGUGCAGCUGCGUGUCAGCACAUAGGAGCAUGUUCCUGGGUUCCUGCUUUGUUUGCACAUCUUUGAUUCUUUCCUUUGCAGAAUUCUGCAUUACUGACAAGGCUGGAGUGUAGCAUAAUGUCAAAGGGAUCUGAAGUGUUGAAAUGAGAACAAACUGGUUUUCUGUAUUGUAUUUUUUUUUUUUCCUUUUUUUAACAGGGAAUACCUGAUCAGUGUUCUGUAUGUAGCCUGCCAUUUUCCAUGUAACUUAAAUGAUGUGUUCUACGUUGCGAGAAGAGGCAGUCACAUGUAGCUGUAUGAGCACUCAAAAAAAAAAAAAAAAGAGGUUUUGUUGAAUUUCUGUGCUGAGGGAGCAGUUUCCAGUUGACGGUUUGUUACCCACACUGGUAACAGGCCUUCUGCCUGCCUUCCUGGGAAGAGCCAUGCCGGGCCCCAGCUGCCCACGGGGAUGAUUGUGCUUCCCAUUCGCGCUCCAAAACAGUGGUGGCAUUAGCUGGUCUGAGCUGUGCUCCCCUCCAGCUGCAGAUCCCACCGGGGUGGUUGUAUGCACAGCAUGGCUGGGGCAGCCGGAGCUGGCCGGGGUUGUAGCCUGGGCAGAGCGGGCAGCUGCCUGCUUGGGGCGGCUGACUGGGGGCAGGAUGGCGGGGUCUCACGAGGUUUGGUUUGGCAAGAAGUGCAGAUCCAGGAUCCCUGUGGGGCUGCCUGGCUGUGCCCCCGUGAGAUGUCCCCUCUCAGCACCCUUGUCUGCACAGAGCAGCUGGUCUGAGCAGUGGCUGGGUGUCUGGCAGGUUCUUGGCCCUGCUCCCCCUGACGGGCUCGGUGCCUGCCCCCCUUGGUCAGCCGGCAUGGAGAGGGUUUGGAAAUGACAUUCCAAAUAAUUUUAGUUACCUUUUUUUUUUUUUGUAUCUUUGUCAUUUGCCUACUAAUCCAAAAUAAUUUGGUGGUAUCUAAUGUUAUCUGUGGAGGGAACUGAAAUUUAGUUUUAAUCUGUGGUGAGAUGAAAGUACUACAUGGUUUUCUUAAUAAAAGCACCAUAAAGCAUUUAAUAUUAGGAGCUUUAGUUUGUAAAAUUAAAGUACCUGAAGACUUGUACAAUAUCUAUAUUAGGUCUAAAGGUUUAGGCAGUCUUCUAUUUUUUUUAAGGCGAUAGCACUCAAUUUAUCUGCAAAUAGUGUUUUUUAAAAGACACAGAUUAAAACUAAGUGUAAACACAAAUUCCGUUUCACUCUAGGCCCUGCAGCACAAACGCGUUGCAAGAGUUAGUGUUAGGUUUGUAUGGCAUUUGUGCAGUGCAAUAAGAAACCAUUUUUAGGUGCUACUUUGCCUUGGGUAGGGUGACACAAGGGAAUACAGGCUACAAGUGGCUAGAUUAUUUUCUUGUGGCCUUCCAAGUAUUAAUUUGUACAGAUUUGCUCACCAACUGUGCCUCACCAUUGGUUAAAAUUGAAUUUUAAGUCCUGUUGCAAAUGCAGUUUCUCUUCUGGACACAAUGUCAGAUUUUACACUGGAAUAUCUACAGUUCUAAAAACUGCAUGUCACAUCACUGUACACUGAUACUGGGAUGUGGGGCUUGCCCACACCUUUGAUAUUCUCUUCUGUAUUUUAAUGUUUUUGAACUGUACAGUAAUCUGGAAAGCAGGCUGUCUUUACUUGGGAUUGAACAUUGUACCAUAAAUUUUAAAUUAUUUGAGAACAAGUGCAUGAGACUGUGUCGAUGCCUUUUAUUAUUUAUUUGUAUGUUUUAUUAUUCAAGGUGUAUGCACUUUUAAUAUGCAGAAUUUAUAUUUUUAUGUUAAAAAUCAUUUUCUUUCAGAAAGAAGAGUUUGAAUAUGAGGAAUUGGAAUUAAGUGCAAAAAGGGGAAU